AGAGCAUUCCCAUCCCAAAUUACCUUUUUUCCGCUUCUCUCGUUUCCUUCUCCCUGCCGUUUCUGUUCUUGCAGAAAACCUUCCUCUUGUUUCCGUAUUGCCGCUUUGGACGAUUAAUACUGACUCGCCGAGAUAUAUUCGCCCGCAGUUGAUCUGCACCGGGCAUCUUGUACCCUGAAUACAGAUAAAAUGGCCUAUUUAUUCAUCUCUGACGAGGAGUUCUCUCGACACUCCGACGACGCCGCUUUUUUGGCCGAGAAGGCCGAUGCCUUCAUCCAAGGUCUCCGCAGCGAGCUCGAAACCGUCAGAGCCGAAGCUGAUGCUGCUUCAAUCACUGCGGAGCAGACUUGUUCUCUUCUUGACCAGAAGUUCAUCUCUCUUUCCACUGAGUUCUCUGACCUGCAGUCUCAGAAUGCACAGCUUCAAACGACCCUUGAACUCAGACUCUCCGAGCUUGCCGAAGUCAAGUCCCAAAAACAUCAACUCAAUCUACUUUCCAUUGGGAAGGAUGGGGAGAUAGAGAGGUUAAAUACAGAGUUGUCUGAACUUCAUAAAUCAAAAAGACAGUUGAUGGAGCUCAUCGAGCAUAAGGACUUAGAAAUUGGUGAAAAAGAUUCCACUAUAAAGUGUUAUCUUGAUAAGAUUGUCAAUCUGUCUGAGACAGCUGCUCAAAGAGAAGCCCGUAUAAGUGAGGUCGACAUGGAGUUGGUGCGCUCUCGGGCUGAAUUCGCUCGUCUUUCACAGGAGAAGGAACUUAUUGAGAGGCAUAACGUGUGGCUUAAUGAUGAGUUAACUGCUAAAGUAGGCAAUAUCAUUGAGCUGCGUAGACUUCAUUCUGAUACCGAGGCUGAACUGUCUGCAAAACUUAGAGAUGUUGAGAGACAGUUGGAUGAAUGCUCUAGCGCCUUAAAAUGGAACAAGGAUAGUGUGAAAGAACUUGAGAUGAAGCUAACAUCCGCACAAGAGGAAUUGUGUUCGUCAAGAAAAAUGGCUGCGGAAAAUGAGGAACGUCUUUGUGCUGAAAUAUCAACAGUCAAUAAACUUGUUGAACUUUACAAAGAAAGUUCCGAGGAGUGGUCUAAGAAGGCAACAGAACUUGAGGGUGUCAUAAAAGCCUUGGAGACACAUUUGAGCCAAAUUGAGAGUGAUUACAAAGAGAAGCUUGCCAAGGAAGAAUCUCAAAGAAAUCGUUUGGAAGAGGAGGCUACAGAUUUGAAAAUGAAACUGGAAAAGUGUGAAGCAGAGAUUGAGCUUACUAGGAAAAAGAAUGAACUCACUCUUUUUCCCCUCAGCAGCAUUGCUCCAGAUGCUUUGAUAAACGCGAAGGAAAGUAGUGAUGUGGUUGGUGACCCCAGGGUUCCUGUAGGUGUUUCUGGGACAGCAUUAGCUGCUUCGCUUUUGCGUGAUGGUUGGAGUUUAGCCAAAAUGUAUGCCAAGUACCAGGAGACUGUUGACGCUUUGCGGCACGAGCAGAUGGGAAGGAAAGAUGCUGAGGCAGUUCUGCAAAAGGUGUUAUAUGAACUAGAGGAUAAAGCAGAAGUCAUUUUGGAGGAAAGAGCGGAACAUGAGAGAAUGAUCGAGUCAUAUUCCCUGUUAAACCAAAAAUUGCAGAAUUCUAUAUCUGAACAGGCGAUUUUGGAGAAAACUCUUCAGGAAUUGAAGGCCGAUUUGAAGAGACAUGAGCGUGAUUACUUGUUAAUUCAAAGAGAGAACAUUGACCUUUCAAGACAGAUUACAAUUCUUCUAAAGGAAUGUCGAGAUGUGCAACUUCGCUGUGGAUAUGCAGGACAUGAUGUUCUUGAGAAUCUUUCAAAAACUACGUCCUUAGAGAUCAACGUGGAAUCUGAUGCUGAUAGAGUUAUUUCUGAAUAUCUUUUAACCUUCAAGGACAUAAAUGGAUUAGUUGAACAGAAUGUCCAGCUUAGAAGCCUUGUACGUAAACUUUCUGUGCAGCUUCAAGAUGCAGAGCUUGAUUUCAAGGAGAACUUGGAGGUUGAACUGAAAAGGAAAACUCAAGAAGCUGCGUCUAGAGUUGAAGCAGUGUUAAAAAAAGUUGAAGAGCAGGGACAGAUGAUUGAGUCCCUUCAUGCUUCCGUUUCCAUGUACAAAAGGCUAUAUGAAGAGGAGCAUAAGCGUAAUUUGCCUCGUUCUCUGUCUGCUGGAGGUGCUCUAGAUUUUGGUAGAAAGGAACUUGAGUUUGUUGCUGAAGAUUCUCAGGAAGCCAGAAAGGCUGAUCAGGAGCAGGCUGCUAAACGAAUAAGAUAUCUCGAGGAAGAGCUUGAAAAAUCUAGAAGCGAGGUAAAUUUUGUUAGAGCUGAGCGUAACAAGUUUGAACUGGAGUUGGGUUUCGCGAAAGAAAAACUGGAUAGUUUCAUGAAGGAAUUUGAACAACAGAGAGUAGAGAUGAAUGGAGUGUUAGCUCGAAAUGUAGAGUUCUCGCAACUUAUAGUAGACUACCAAAGAAAACUGCGGGAAGUUUCAGAAUCCUUGCACAAUGCUGAUGAAAACUCCCGGAAAUUGAGUAUUGAGGUGUCUGUCAUAAAGUCUGAAAAGGAGUUGUUAUCAAAUGCUGAAAAGAGAGCACAGGAUGAAAUUCGAAAUCUGUCUGAAAGAUUAUUCCGUGUGCAGACUUCUCUGGAUACUAUUCGAAGUGUUGAAGAAGUUCAUGAGGAGACUAGGGUUGUAGAAAGGAGGAAACUGGAGGAACAUGCUAAGCAACUUGAGAGGGAAUGGGCUGAGGCAAAGAAAGAGUUGCAAGAAGAAAGGGACAAUGUUCGAACUCUCACUCUUGAUCGUGAGAAGACUUUAAAGAAUGCAAUGAGUCAUGUUGAAGAGAUGGGGAAGGAACUAGCAAAUGCACUACACGCCACUGCUACUGCUGAAGCAAGAGCUGCUGUUGCUGAGGCCAAACUGUCUGAUCUAGAGAAGAAAAUUAAUGCUUCAGAUAAUCAGGUGGUUGAGUUGGAUGAUAGGAGUGGACUUAAGUCUCAGCCUUCAAAUCAGGUUGCAACAGAUUUACGUAGAGCAGAGGCAGAGAUUCAGAAAUUUAAAGAAGAAGCACAAGCUUGUAAAGAUCAUAUGCUACAGUACAAGAGCAUUGCUCAGGUAAAUGAAGAAGCUGUGAAACAGAUGGAAUGUGCUCAUGAAACUUUCAAGAUUGAGGCUGAGAAAAUGAAGAAAUCAUUAGAAGAUGAACUUCUUCAGCUUAGACAGAGGGUUGCUGAACUUGAAAAUGAAUCUAUUUUAAAAUCUCAAGAAAUAGCUUCUGCUGCUAGUUUGAAGGAAGAGGCUAUUGCAUCUUCUCUGGCAGAUAUUAGAGCUCUGAAUGAAGAGAACGCUGCAAAAACGUCUAAGAUUCAGGAAAUGGAAAUUCAGAUAUCUUAUUUAAAGGAAGAUUUGGAAAGGGAACAGCAAAAGUGGCGUACUGCUCAAGCUAAUUAUGAAAGACAGGUCAUUCUCCAGUCAGAGACAAUUCAGGAGUUGACAAAAACAUCACAAGCUUUGGCUUCUGUACAAGAGGAGGCAGCCGGGCUUCGUAAAUUAGCUGAUGCUUGCAAAACAGACAAUGAAGAACUAAUGGCCAAGUGGGAAGGUGCGAAAGUAGCACUUGAGGAUUUCAAGAAUAAGGCUGACAAGGCAUAUGCUGAACUCAAUGAACAGAAUAAAAUUCUGCAUGCUCAACUUGAGGCUUUCCACAUUCGUUUGGUGGAGAAGGAUCAAAAGUUGGCUGGAGUUUCUUCUGAAAGUAAUACAACCGAAAUGGUUGGGGAUGCUGGUAUUCAGAGUGUGGUUAGUUACCUCAGACGCACAAAAGAAAUUGCUGAAGUAGAGAUCUCCUUGCUAAAGAAGGACAAGUUGAGAUUGCAGUCACAAUUAGAAAGUGCUCUUAAAGCCGUGGAGAGUGCACAGACUUCACUUAAUGCUGAGCGUCAAAGCUCAAAAGCAUUAUUGUUAACCGAGGAGGAAAUUAAGUCUUUACAACUUCAGGUUAGGGAGAUGAACUUGCUUCGUGAAAGCAAUAUUCAACUGCGAGAAGAGAAUAAGCACAAUUUUGAGGAAUGCCAGAAAUUACGUGAAGAAUCUAGAAAGGCUAAAAGUGAAAUAGAGAAGCUUGAGGGUAUGCUGAAGAUGAGACAAAUGGAGGUGGAAUCCUGUAAAAUGGAAAUUGAAUCGCAGAAAGUGGAGAAGACUCACCUUGAAAGCAGAGUCUCUGAGUUGCUUGAAAGAUCUAAGAAUAUAGAUUAUGAAGAUUAUAAUCGUGUGAAAGAUGAUGUUCAAAGAAUGCAGAUGGAGCUGAAUGAGAAAGAUACAGAAAUUGCAAAAGUCAAAAUAUUAGUCUCUGAAAGACAGGAAUCAAUAUCUCAAUUGGAGCAAGAUCUUUCUAAUUGCAGAUUUGAACUGAAGGAAAGGGAGAAGAAAUUGAAUGAUAUUCAACAUAUGGAGGCCAAUCUGAGGGCAGAUAUGGAGAAACAGAAGAAGUACUUUUCUCAGUUUAAGAGAAAGCUUGAAAUUGUCUCAAAGGAGAAGGAUGAAUUGAGCAAAGAGAAUCAAGCUCUUUUGAGGCAGUUGGAAGACAUUAGACAAGUGAAUGCUGUCGGGAAAAGGUCCACUGGAGAUUCAACUGGUGAGCAGGCCAUAGAAGAAAAGGACACUAAAAUUCAGAUUCUUGAGAAACAUCUGGAGAGGCUGAGAGAAGAACUAAAGAGAGAGAAGGACGAUAGUCGUACUGAGAAAAGCAGGCGGUUGAAAAUUGAGAAGGCCAUAAAGGAUUCUUAUACUAUAGUUGAGCAGGAAAAAUCAAAGAUUUUAAAUGAUUUGGAGAAGCAUAAGGGCAACUUGAAGCAGGUUUCUGAUGAACUUAGACAAUCUAAAAGCAAUCUUGAGGAUACUUUACCACAGCCUCCUUCAGUGAUUGGUUUGGACGAGCUUGCUUCUACCUACAUUUUAGCUGCUGAAAAUUUUGAGAAGACUGUGCAGUCAGUUUUGACUGAUCUUGGAGCUCAAAAUGUCCCUUCAGAAGUUUCUCUAGUCACGGAUGCUUCGGUACAAACUAGUACAGGUCUUGAUGUUCCUCCUCAAACGCCUGAUGUUGGAUUGCCUUUGGCUCCUGUAACAACUAACUUUCCUGCCAAAGCAUUGGAAGAACGUGAAAAGAAAGCUCAUGUAUCCAAGGCAAAAGUAGAAACACGUAAAGCAGGGCGGAAGUUGGUUCGACCUCGUCUUGGAAAACCAGAGGGAGGACCUCAUGGUGAUAUAGACAUGUUAGCAUCAGAACUACCGAGCAAUGAAAGCAAGCGCGCAACUUCUGGAAAACCAGAAAUUGAAGGUGAAUCAACUACAUCAACCCAUCAUCUGGCGCGCAAACGAGUGGCUGCAUCAACUUCUGAAUUGCAUGAACAUUCAAUUAUCCAUGGGGAGAUCAGUUCUGAAAUGGCAGCUCCUGUCAUGAAGAGGGCUAAAGGGUCUGAUACCUUUGCUGAUGAAGUUGGUGGUCCAUCCUCUUCCUCUCUGGAAAGUCUCAAAACUCAGCCACCCUUUGAAGAAGUUUCUGAUAUCUGUGAGUUUCCUCAAGGCUCAAAUGAGGAAGCAGUUAUUGAAAAAGAGGUCGAAAUAGUAGGGGAGAAGGCUGCUGAUAGGCCAAAAGAACUAUCAUCCGAUGGAUCUAUGAGUCAUGAUGAGAUAAACAUCGACAGAAAAGAAAUGCUGGAUGAAAAUCUGGAUAGGCAGAUUGGAGCGGAGGUGUCAGAUGAUGGGUUAAAAGAUCAAGCUGAACCAGACAACUGGCAUCCAACUUCGGAGAUCGGAAGUGAGAGAGAGGAAGGUGAGCUAGCACCUGAAGUUGCAGAACUCGAGGGGGGUAAUAAUAUUGAAAGCAUUGAAAUAGGGGAGGAUCAUGCUGAACCAGUUACAACACCUGAUGCUUCCCCAUCUAGAGUUGAGGAUGAUGCUCCGGCUGUCACGGCCAUGGAGAUUGGUGAGAUCAACUCUCCUGAGAUUCAAAAUGAAGAGAAAAUUGAUGAAGGUGAUAUGGCUGAUGAAACUUCCGAAAUUCUAGAUAAGUCAACUGAUUGUAACCAGAUUGAUAUGGAGAGUGAUCAGGCUGUUGAAACUACCACAGUAGCUACUGAGAAUACUCCAAGUACACCCCCAGAAAUAAAUGACUCGAAACAAGGUAGUCCUACUGUUGCUAAAAGGUCGUCUCCUGUCAAUAGUAGCACUUCUACUACAAUAAAUUUGCAAGAGCGAGCCAAGGAAAGAGCUAUGCUGAGACAGGCUGGAGUUGUUUCUUCAUUGGAUAGACGCCCUGUGAGAACAUUACGUGGUCGGGGUGGUCGGAUCGAGCGUGGUGGCCGUGGUCAACGAUCUGGGCGGGGGCCACCUGGUGAAUCGAAUAGAAGUUGACUGCAAUGUUGGAUGAUUUUAUAUGAACGAUCUAAGGUUUCAAUCUGAUUUUUUCUAUUCCUACACCCGUUUUUCCACCCAAUACCAUUGAGCAUACAACUUAGAAGUUCAUGCACUAAAGGUCUUCUACAUUGGAGCUAGAACUUAAAGCAGCUUUGUUACUAACUUGUUCUUGUAGUUCACUCUGAUUUCUUCGAUUUUCUGUUCUGGAGUGUCCAUCUAAAUGCUUUCGUAUUUCUGUUAUAUGGUGUUGUUAUACAAGACAGUCCAGUAUCAGAAUCGUUGGCCAUGUUGGACAUUUCGUUCUUAUAGAUCAUUAACAGUGUUAUUACAAGUAUAUCAUCAAUUAAAUACGUUCAUAUAAUUUGAUUAUUA